AUGUGGAUGAAUAAACUGACUAAAUGUCCAUCCUGCAGUAUUUUGGGGCUUUAUAUGAAAAGGUUUUGCACAGAAUCGUUUAAAUCGUUACAAGAAAUCGACGUACUGCCGAAUAGAGCGAUAUUUCAUUAUACCCACUCCCGAAGAACGUGUGUAACCAUAAAUGACACUUCAACCCGAAAAUCUUUCUCAACUCACAGUAUGUGUGCAACUGGUCAUUUAAAUAAUGGAAACACUCCUAGAGAUUAUGACAAAUUUGAGUUAAAGGGAAUACCCAUAGAUGUGUACACUUUAAGACGAAUUAUAAGUUCUAGCGGAUCGACUGAACUAGACUUUUCCAAAGGUAUUAGUUACCUAUUCACGAAGACCGUAGACUCUGGACCUAGGAACUCUUUGUCUUUAGCAGAGCUAUCUUUUCUUCUGAAUAAACUAUAUUCACUACGGUUCCAAAUCAGGGGAAUUUGUAGAGACAUAAAGGUCAAGUAUUCAGAAUUCUGGUUUAAAAUAUUUUCAUUGUAUGCAGAGAAAGUUGAUGCCAAAAGGAAUCAUAUUAAUUUGCGAAAUACAACAUUAGAUGCAUGCGAAAUUUUUGAUAUAAAUCUUUUGAUCAGAAAUUUUAUAGAGCUUGGUCAAUUAGGUAAAGCUCAAAAAAUUUUAACUUUUAUUAUUGACAGAAACCCAGAUAUAUUACUCUCCCCAAAUAAUGCAGAUAUAGGCACAAUGGUUCACUUCUUGAAAUUGCGUUGCGGUGCAUUGGCAGCUUAUUGGAAGAUACCAGAUAACAGCGGACAAGAUCAAAAGCAACUACGGAAGAUUGUUCGACUAGGGGCGAAAAAUACAUCAAUUCGUCUCUCUUCUACCUAUAAGGUCAUGGAUCAUCAAACGUUGUUGAAGAUUGCUGAUCUUGUAUUACAUGAGAAAAGGUUCUUAAAUUCUGAGGAUUUGCUAUCCACCUUAAUUCAGUCAUUUGGACACUUAGGGCAAACACAAAUAUUGGAAAGGUGUAUUGAACAUAUAUGGCAUAUAACAACGCAAGAGUUUCCUAGCCACGUGGCAAUUAAGCCUCGAGGAUGCUAUCCAAGUUCAAAGAUUCUUAUUUCAAUUUUGGUGUCAUUCCACUACAAUGACAACGAUCUUCACAGAGGUCUGAGUAUUUUAGAUUCGUUCAUAAAACAUUAUCCGGAAGUGAAGUUAGAUGCGCUGUUUUGGAGAAGACUGUUUCAGUUGAGCAAUUUUGCUUGGACACCAGCAAAGGACAAGAAAGCUACAUCUGUCAUUAGAUGUUGGCAUUUGAUGAAGCAGUGGCAUGUAUCUAAAGGACUAAGCCUUUCAGUUGAUUAUGAGACGCUGAGACAACUGUAUGAUAUUAUGAAGAAAACGGGUAAUUUUCCUCUUGGAAUUGAUGUUUUGAAGAGUUUCAAAUCAGGAAUUGAAAGAUUGAGGGAAACUAAUUCCGAUAAACUUAAUAUUGUUCUUAUCAAAUACCAGAAAUAUAUCAUUAAGCAGCUUGUAGAUAGAGGUAGGAUUUCAGCAGUAAGGGAAUUUAUUAACGAUUUUGGUUUUGAUAGAACAAUAACCAAGAAUUUGAAUAUUUUUUGUACAAAUCGUUUGCUUUUAAGGAGUAAGAAAAAUAAAUCAAAAAUUGAGAACAAAAAGGAGAGGAAUAAAUUGGAACCGAGUGGUUUUGAUGACGAUGAAGACGAUGGUAUGAUUAUAGGUAGCCUGUGGUGA